CGCUCCUGGCCUCACUCCGCAGGCGCGGCCAAACGUUCGUCGGCAGCGCGGGACGGGGCGCGAUGUUUGCUCCUCGGUAGUGACGAACAUGCGUGCCAGCCGACCUGUCGCUGCUUGUUACUCGUGUGGGAUGCUCAAGCAGUGCUGACAAGCAAACGUCAUUCGUGCCCCACUGGCUACCUGCUCACAGACGGAGGAUCGUCCGCAGCACUGGCCUCUACCCGAAAGUGAUGUGUUGUCUCGCCAAUGCGCUCGAGCGGAAGCUGCACGAGACCGUGAUGGAUGGCUUCGACAGUCGGGAACCUGAGGAUUAAAGGCGUUACCCGACCGCUGAGCGCCGAUGCUGCAGCCUCCGGUUUCGUCGCCGCCGCCACCGCCGCCGCAGGUGACGGCGUGCGCGGCGCGCCAGUCCCCGCAGUCGCCCAACUGCUUCCGCAUUCCCAUACCUCUAGAACCGCUCAAGGACGGUCACUCCAUGGACCCAAAGGAGCGGACGUUCCUGGAGGCUGCCGAGCGGGGCGACCGUCACACCAUGAUUCGGUGCCUGUCCCCGCCAGACCCCGUGAACGUCAACUGCACGAACAUCCUGGGCCGCAGCGCCAUCCAGAUCGCCGUCGACAACGAGAACGUCGAGAUCGUCGAGUUGCUGCUGCGCCAGCCGGACGUGCAGAUCGGCGACGCCUUGCUGCAAGCCAUUCGAGAAGGUGUGUACAAGAUCGUGGAGAUGCUGAUCGACCACCCGAGCAUCACGGCCGAGAUGCUCGCCAGCGGCUGGGCGCGGAGCCAGGCCCAGGAGAGCUCCGACUACUCGGCCGACAUCUCGCCUGUCAUCCUGGCCGCGCACUGCAACCAGUUCGAGAUCCUGCAGCUGUUGCUGUCGCGAGGUGCCGGCAUCGAGCGGCCGCACGCGCUGUCCUGCUCGUGCCGCCGCUGCUGCGAGGACACCCGGCGGGACUCGCUGCGCCACUCGCUGCGGCGCAUACACGCCUUCCGAGCACUCGCCUCGCCAGCCUGGAUGUCGCUCACCAGCGAGGACCCCAUACUCACCGCCUUCAAGCUUUCGUGGGAGCUGGGCAGGCUGGCGCAGCGCGAGAACGAGUUCAAGGAGAUCUACCUGGAGCUGAGCAACCAGUGCAAGAAGUACUCGUGCGAGCUGCUCGACCUGUGUCGCAGCAGCGAGGAAGUGAUCGCCGUGCUCAACAAGCGCACCAGCCCCGAGCUGCUCGACGACUCGGAUGACGAAGAGGAGGUGGAGGUGGCCCCCGAGGAGUACUGCAUGUCCGGCGGCAGCGGCCCCUACCAGAUGGCGCCCCGGGGCCUGACGCUGUCGCGACUCAAGAUGGCGCUCAAGUACGACCAGAAACAGUUCGUGGCGCACCCCAACUGCCAGCAGCUGCUCACCUCCAUCUGGUACCAGGGGCUGCCCGUGUGGCGGCGCCGCAACGCCCUGAGCAAGACGUGCCUCUGCGCGGGGCUCAUCAUGCUGCUGCCGCUGAUCGCGUGCUACUACCUGGCCUUCCCGCGGUCCCGCCUCAGCCGCGUGGUACGCUCGCCCUUCAUGAAGUUCAUCUACCACAGCGCCUCCUUCGGCUGCUUCCUGCUGCUGCUCAUCCUCGCCUCGACGGGCACCGACCGCGCCCGCCAGAACAUCCGGGGCCCCGCGCCUUCACCCGUCGAGUGGCUCAUCCUCUUCUGGGUCACCGGCAUGGUGUGGGCCGAGUGCAAGCAGCUCUGGGAGGAAGGCCUCAAGGCGUACGUCUGCCAGUGGUGGAACUGGCUCGACUUCAUCAUGCUCUCGCUCUACUUGACCACCGGCUCGCUGCGCGCUGUCGCCUACUUCCAGGUACAGAGCGGGCAGUACGGCGCUCGCGUUCUGGACAGGGUCCAGUGGCCGGCUAACGACCCGACGCUCAUCUCGGAAGGAGUGUUCGCCAUGGCCAACGUGUUCAGCUUCGCGCGCAUCAUCUACCUGUUCCAGACCAACCCACACCUGGGUCCGCUACAGAUCUCGCUCGGCUGCAUGAUCGUCGAUAUCGCCAAGUUCCUUUUCAUCUUCUUCCUGGUCCUCACUUCGUUCGUGUGUGGACUAAACCAGCUGUACUGGUACUACGACCCCACUAUGGGCUUCUGCGAGACCAAGGAGGUCGGCGGCGUCAACAUCACAUUCAACUGCCACCACAACCCAGACGCUUUUCUCACGAUCGACGCCAGCUACACGUCGCUGUUGUGGUCACUGUUCGGCGUGAUUCCCAUCAAGGACAUCAGCGCGCGCAAGGACCAGCCCUUCACCAAGUGGGUGGGCCAUGCCCUGCUGGGCGCCUACAUGAUCAUGGCCAUGACCGUCAUGAUCAACAUGCUCAUCGCCAUGAUGAGCCGAUCAUUCCAGGACAUCGAGGACCACAAGGACCGCGAGUGGAAGUUCGCCCGCUCCAAGCUGUGGAUGGGCUACUUCGACGAAGGGUCGACGCUGCCCCCUCCCUUCAACCUCAUCAUCAGCCCAAAGUCCGUGUGGUACUUCCUACGCGGCUUGCUGAGGCUCGGCCGCUUCCUCUGCAAGAGUGCCUUCGCCGCGAGGCCACGGUUUCAGCACUCGGCCGUCAAGCCCGAGACGCACGAUCCUGUAUACAUCGGAAACACUCUCGACAAAACCAACCGGAAGCCAGGUGCUAGGCGAAACACGGUGAUCCUGCAAUUCAACGGCCAAUCAAGCACUGUUCAAUACCAGGAGGUGAUGAAACGCCUGGUAAAUCGCUACAUUCAUCGAGCCAAGAAGCAGCUGCGCCAGGAUGGCGUCAACGAAGACGACUUGCUCGAGAUCAAGCAGGAUAUUUCCAGUCUCAGGUUCGAGCUCCGCGAAGACCGCAAGCGCGAGGCUGCGCACAACGUGCGGCAGCUGGACACGCUCCGGCGUGACAUCUUCAAGGGCGUGCCGCCAGGCGCCAGGCCCGAGGUGCUCGCCGCGCACCUGCAGCCACCGGCGCACGCCUCGCUCCAGCAGCCAGCGGCGCCUUCGCCCUACUACGGGCUGCUGUCGCCCGAAGAAGUGGAGCAGCUUCGCAUGCAGGUCAUCGAGGGCGUGCGGGAGGAGCUAAGACGCCUGGCACGAGAGCUGCACGUGCAGCACUGCCACCGGGGGCCUGCAUUUCCGGCACCGGCCAGGGCGCCCUCGUUGCCACCCGACCUCUACCAGACGCACCUGUUCACGCAGUUAUGAGGACUGCACAGCACCACUCUCUGGUACCACGACUGAAAUUCGUUUCAACAGCAACGUCCUAUGCUUGUACACGGGCUCCUGACGUCGCUGGCCUGGUGAGACGGGCACUCGUCUGCUGCAUGGAAAGCCAGGUCACUGCUUGCGACGUCCCGACUUCAGAAAGUCUUCCGAGCGCUUCCGGAACUCGCCGAGCAACUGUCCUCAGUCGGCGCCUGGGUCGAGUCACCUAGCGGGCCACGCACCGAGCUUGGUGGUUCAAGGCAGUACUCGAUUGUACACGGAUCCCUAGAACGUGGAGCCGUCAACAACCUGUCUGUCUUUUAUGAACCGGGGCUUUGCGUACAGUACGUGAUGGGCGAUAAGCUUUUUUUGGCUUGGCUGCGUGGGUCAGAAAAAAAUGCGACGUCACUGAAAACACAAAAAAUGUAGUGAUUACAGAUGUUGAUCUUUGGCAAUAUCUACUCGCUUGCCUAGCCUCAACAAAUUAACCUCCCAAGUAUGAUGGCCGGCUAUCCCUACCUUUAAACCUGACACCUGCAUUACUAUAUUGGUGCAUAAAUGAAAGGGGAUUUCUCAUCAACGCAAAGCCACACGCGAAGUCUGUUGCUAGUUUUAGUGUUUGAGAUGAAAUUUCAAUGUGGUGGAAAUCUGAGCUUGUAGGGGGUUCACGACCGCAGGUAUACAGCACAAGGGGCACGAACAACGACCACAGCGCUGUGUGUGUCUAUAGUCUUGUCUGUCUCUGGCGCUGUACCUACCAUCGAGGUAAGGUUCCUUGCGCAUAUGCGCGCUGUUGGCUGUCUCCGUUCAUGCUUCCCACAGCUAUAUAUGUGUAGAACUACAAUGUGUGGCGCUCCAUGCAGAUUUAUCAUGCUGAACCUGAAUGAGCCAGGCUCGGGAAGGCAGCACUGCUUCCAGACCGUGAUAUGGCCUUCCGCGGUGUACGCAAUGAAGUAAAAUUUAAGCAGCAGGAAGCGCUGGUGUCUGAGGUUGAUAUUCUUUAGCAGUUUCGCUGCAUUUCGUCUAGUCUAAAUACAGGACCUGUAGACACACGUGCUUUCGCCCGCGCCUGUACCACACGACUCCUUUCGCUCCUCUUUGUGUUCAAAGGAUAUCUUGCGCAGUCUUGUAUUGCCGCAGAUUUUGUGCGUCACAGUGAAGCCACUGCGAAACCGUCUUCGAGGAGUUGCGCAGCAGGCGUUGUUCACCUGAACCCAGUACAAGACUGAUGCCGCCCCCCUCCUUUUCGCCAACCGCCUCCCCGACACCCUCCCCGGUGCAACACGCAUGUUAUAGGCCCUUCAGCUGCAUCUUCUCUACCGAUCAGCUGACUUCGCUCAACUGAGAAAACCAUCACUCCUGCUGACAGAGCGCGCGCGGAGUGCAACGUAGAUUGUGCUCACGCGUUUGUGGAUUUCGUUCUGCCAGGACACAUCCUCAAUUGAUUCCACUGUUCAUUGCGCGCUUAGCCGCAGCAUGGUGUCUACUCCAAACAUCGAUCUUCGCUUUUGUGACCUCUCGAUAAUGAAGUAACGUGAAGGUGAGUUUUGUUUAGAAAGGCAGUGAGCGCUGAGGUUAGGAAAGUCAUUGUUCCCGGAAAGCUAAACUAAUGGUGGAGCUUGGCGUAGCGUCCUUAUAAUUACUGCACACUAUGUAAGUAACUAAUAUAAUAUUUUUUCUUUAGUGCAUCGAAUGUUUUUGGGCGGCUAAACUUGUUUUUGUCAUAGAUCGGGUGGGCACGACAGCAACUACAUUAUAGAAUUUAGCGCGACGCAGAGAGAACUGUUGAUACUCAGCCAUUGCCCGUGCGAUUCGCAUGCAGUGUACACUAUACAUAGUGUCCUCACGCAUGUCCUGUGUGUAGGCUUGCUCACCGUAGCAACUGUGCUGCAAUACCUGGAGCUGCAUAAAUUUAUCUAUUUUGGCACAUGGGAUAUCUAAAAUACGUGUAGUGGCUCAGUAGAUUAAAACUGCGUCUAUGUGACUCAGCGCAGCAUUAACAAGAAUUUCAGCCAUUUAAUGGGAAUCAGUGUUCAUAUACACAUUCAAUUUAGUGACCUUUAGUUGGCAGUACUUCGUAGCGACCAUUCAGCGCAUGCCGUCCAGGCUACGGACAGCUUAUACACAGAACGAGAUUCAGAGCAAUUUUUAAUUUCUAUGCAUUGUUACGUGCGGUGAGAGUUGGACGAGGUUUGAAGCCAAGACUUCAUUCGGUGCGCCCGUUUCUCACUCGGCGAUGGCGGCGAACACGCGACAGUCGAUAACAAUCUGCCCCUAUAUACAGGGCGUCAUCACCAACAUUCGAACACUUGGCGCAUGUAUUCUAUAUAGGGUGCCCCAGCCAACGUUGUUCAGCGAAAUAUUGAAAAAGCAUGGUGCAAGACACGAUUUCAAGACCUACCGUGUUCGAUUGACAGACCUCUCACGGCCGAAUGCUGUGGGUCUUACGAGUGUAUCUUGCCCCGGGUUUCUUACAUCAUUUUUUUUUCGUUGAACCGCUUGGCUAACGUUAGAUGGGACAAACGGUAUAUGUUUGCUAACAAUACACCCAUCGUGAUAAACUCCUUAACGCGUGUUUUAAUAUAAUAGCAGAAGAAAAAUUUUAACAAGUAUAUCGCGAGCAAACAGAGCACAGGGCGUGCCAUAUCGUGACAUUCAUGCCGCCGUUUACUUUUAGAAAAAAUACAAAACACAUGCGGGCUCGUGCACGAAGUAGAUAGGUUUCCUUGGGAUGGAUGUCGCCCCCCAGUUCGUUAAUUGGGGCAUCAUGCCUGUCCCGACAGAAUCAGUCUGCCAGUAUCGUGUCAGCACUUCCGAGGUCACAUUUUGCUCUAGAGACGACGUGCUGUUUGUAGGUGUAACCCCGUGCACCUGCCGUUAACGGGUUCGUACUAAAGGCGCGGAGCUGUACAAUGUAUGGCGUGCACGCGAGGGCGCCCGUAUGCGGUGCGAUCACUUUUAGCUUUCCCGUAAUUAAAAAAAAAAAGACGCCUGUGGCAGAUAGCAUAAUUCUUGUGCUUGUUGAGCUGGAUUAUUUGAAGAGGCGGACAUUACUAGCACAAGAAAUCGAAACGACGCAUGUUCAACUAAUUAACAAAAAUUCGCAAAUUACCUUCUUAGUUAAUUACUUGACAGUCCAUAUUGUAACCGGUGAGAUUGCAAGACGUAUCCACUUGAAAUGUAUCUCCAUGAUAACACCAGUUUCGAAAUAUUAUUUCCCAAAGUGUGGGACGAAAUGCAAGGGCGUUAGAAUUACUUUUGUGCUUCAAUGCAUAAAUGAGCGUUUUGUUAAAAAAGUAAGUGGAACAACGGUGCAUUUUUACGCUGAGUUUGAUGGCGCAUAUCUCCAAACUGGUGUUAUUCUGGAAAUUCAUUCCAAGUGGGUACACCUUGCAAACUUACCGGCUACAGUUCGUAAAUUUCAAUAUGUGCUGUAGAGUAAUCAACGAAGUUAUAUAGUUAUUUUUUUAAUUAGUUGAAUAUGCAUUCCGCUUUCUCGUGCAAGUAUUGUUCACCUUUCCGAAUAAUCCAACUCAAGGACUAUAAUUAUGUUAUCUGCAACAGGCGACUUCUAAAAAAUUCCGGAAAACCUAAAAAUGAUCACCCCGUAUAAUCGUAUGGCAACAGAGAUAAGUGUAAAAGUGCCAACUAUAAAAAGGCUACGUUCAUUAUCAGCCUGCUUGUAUUAAAUUACUAUAAAUAUUUGCAAGUUAAUUUAGUCAUGUUAGAACAGCGAAAAAUAUUUGUCGCAGCAGUUUCGGAACACUCGACGAGAGUCAAUUGACAGUUCAUAAAGCUCAUCACAUUAACGUGUGUACAUGCAGCAGGUCAUUUCGCUAGGAAUCCUGUUUAUAAUGUGUUUCUUUUUUUUUUUUUCACUUGAUGUCCUACGAAGAUAUUACACGCAAAUCUGUCGGAUAAGGUUAUUUUUCCUCGCUGUCUUGUUGUUCACGUUGACCGAAAAUAAAGCUGAUUUUCCC